UGUGUUGUGACCCGACCUGCCGAACUUGCGAUCGCCGUUAUUGCAGUCACUCACCGCUGACAGUCCUGCCAGCGUGUUGAUGUGUUAGUGAGAGCGGUUCGGCAGGAUAGGGCAAUGAUCGCUCGCCAGGCCAAUGAACGGGAGCGAUGGUGCCGAACACGUUGGUUGUAACGCGGCACUUACAAGAACGUCCUCGGUGCAAGCAGUCAGAUUUUUAAUAAUACAUUUAUGUUAAUUUAUAAAGUUUUAAUACGUGUGCAGUUAAUGUAGAUAGUAACACCAACAUUAAAUAUCACAAACCCCGUUACAACACAAAAGUGGCGACGAGUAAAUUCGGACAAUUUUUUUUUAUAAAACGACAAUUUUUAAUCUGUGAAAGUGUAAGUGUAUGUGCGUGUGAAAAUUCCCCGUCCACCGUCCAAGAAGCGCAGGAUGAGCACCAACGAAAACGGUGCAUCAGACGGAGCUAGCGAAGGCGAAUCGCGUCGAUCACCGUUGAUCCGCCCCAGCGCUUUUACACCAGCGCAACCCUUCGCAUCAGCGCACGACGUCAAUGCACAACGCUUGCAUCUACAACCGCACCGAGGACCAGCGGGGUCAUCGCUCGGCGUACCAGCGGGGUCAUCGCUCGGCGUACCAGCGGCGCCAUCGCUCAGCAUAUCGCCGACGCCAUCGCUGCACCCAGAAGGAGCGUCAUCUCAGGAAGCAGGAUCGUCCCCAGACAGCGCGAUGAUCUACCAAAUGCUGCAAUUAAUGCAGAAGCAGAUGGCCCAACAGCAGCAAAUGAUGUCGCAAUUAAUGCAAUUGCACCCGCUCCCGCAAACGUCGCAGCCCCAGCAGCAUUCGCAGCAGCAGUCUUUCGUCCCGCAGCAGCAGUCUUUCGUCCCGCAGCAGCAGUCUUUCGUCCCGCAGCAGCAGUCUUUCGUCCCGCAGCAGCAGUCUUUCGUCCCGCAGCAGCAGCCCGAGCUUACCAUGGAUGCUUUGGCGAGCAGCAUUUCCGAGUUUCGGUACGAGGCCGAGUCGGACGUUACGUUUUCCGCCUGGUUUUCACGUUACGACGACCUGUUUAAGCAGGACGCCUCCCGACUCGACGACGCGGCGAAAGUUCGUUUACUCGUGCGUAAGCUGGGCACGACAGAGCAUUCACGGUAUACCAGCUUUAUCCUUCCACGAGUUCCGCGCGAUGUGAGUUUUCAAGACACAGUCAGCAUAUUGAGUUCGCUUUUCGGAAGGGCUGAGUCGCUUGUCAGCAAACGAUACAAAUGCAUGAAGCUGACAAAAGCGCAAUCCGAAGACAUACUCACAUUCAUCUGCCGCGUGAACCGAUCGUGCGUCGACUACCAGUUUUCGUCCAUGAGUGAGAAUCAGUUUAAGUGUUUGACGCUCGUGUGUGGACUAAAGGAUGAGGCUGAUUCAGACAUCCGCACACGACUUCUCGCACGCAUCGAGGAACGAAGUGACGUUACUUUGGAGGAUCUUGCAGCAGAGUGCCAGCGGAUAAAGAGCCUGAAGGUUGACAGCGCGAUGAUUGGAACGGAGUCGCGUGAACGAGUCCUUGCAGUGCACGGUGCAGGUAUGCAGUCGAACCAGCGGUACCAUCGAUCGGGCACGCAACCAGCUAAUUUCCGGAAGCAGAAAUCGAGUGAUUCCGGAGCAUCGGCGAAACCAUCGAAACCCUGCUGGUUAUGCGGUGAGCUUCAUUGGUCCAGAGACUGCAAGUUCAAAUCGCAUAAGUGCUCCAAUUGUGGAAAAAUCGGUCAUCGGGAAGGGUUUUGCCGCACAUCAGGACCGAUAAGACGACAGCGCAACUUUCGAAAGCACCGGCAGGUAACAUCACGUGUUGUAACUGUGAAUAUUUGCAGGGUUAACGACAGACGAAAAUACGUCAACCUGACCAUAUGUGGUCAACACGUGAGCUUGCAGCUGGACACUGGGUCGGACAUAACAGUCAUCAGUCGCUCGUUGUGGCAACAACUGGGCAAACCAUCGUUAGUUCCGGCAGAGGUCAACGCUAGGACAGCAUCGGGUGAGGAGCUUCAACUCGACGGUGAAUUCGAAACCAGCAUUGAAAUGGCAGGUAAAACGAGGGAAGCUAUCAUUCGGGUGACACGAGCAAACAUUUUAUUGUUGGGUGCUGAUCUCAUCGAUCAAUUUGGUCUCAGUUCGCUACCAAUGGAUAGCUACUGCAAAAUGGUAUCGUCAAGCGGCUACAUCAAGGGUCUCCAAGCUAAAUUUCCGACAGUUUUUAGCGGUACGGGGCUAUGCACUAAAAGCCGCAUCCACUUGCAGUUGAAAGAAGACGCUCGACCCGUGUUUUGUCCAAAAAGGCCUGUCGCUUAUGCCAUGAUUGAGACGGUCAACAAAGAGCUGGAUAGGUUGGAACAAUUGAAUAUCAUCACGCGCGUAGACUUUUCCGAAUGGGCAGCCCCGAUCGUAGUCGUACGAAAGGCAAAUGGCAACAUCCGCAUCUGUGGCGACUACUCGACUGGCUUAAACGAUGCGCUUCAGCCACUCGAAUAUCCAUUGCCAUUGCCCGAAGAUAUUUUUUCGAAGCUUGCGCACAGUAGUUGGUUCAGCAAAGUAGACCUGUCAGACGCGUUCCUCCAGGUCGAGAUUCACGAACAAUAUCGUCCAUUGCUUACCAUUAACACCCAUAGAGGUUUAUACCAUUAUAACCGCCUUCCUCCAGGCAUAAAAGUAGCCCCAGCCGCGUUCCAGCAGAUUAUAGAUAGAAUGCUGGCAGGAUUGCAGGGAACUUCUGGCUAUAUGGAUGAUGUGGUUGUCGGGGGGAAAACAGAGGAAGAGCAUGACGAAAAUCUAACGAAACUUUUUCAACGCCUCAAACAAUUUGGUUUUUCCGUCCGAGCAGACAAAUGCUCGUUGAAGAUGAAGCAAAUCGAUUACCUUGGGCACGUAAUCGACCGUCAUGGUAUCCGACCGAAUCCUGCGAAAAUCGAGGCAAUAAAAAAUCUUCCCGCACCUACUGAUAUCAAAGGCGUGCGCUCUUUCCUCGGAGCAGUAAAUUUUUAUGGAAAGUUUGUGCCAAAAAUGCGCGAAUUGAGGUAUCCGCUUGAUAACUUGCUGAAAAGUGACACAAAAUUCGCUUGGAAUAUGCAAUGUGAAAAGGCAUUUAAAUAUUUUAAAGAAAUCCUAUCAUCCGAUCUCCUCCUCACCCACUACGACCCCACCGCAGAGAUUAUUGUGGCAGCGGAUGCAUCAUCAGUGGGACUAGGAGCCACCAUUUCUCACAAGUUUGGCGAUGGCUCAAUAAAGGUCGUUCAGCAUGCGUCACGUGCUUUGACAACAACGGAGGAAAAAUAUAGUCAAAUAGAUCGCGAAGGGUUGGCCAUUGUAUUUGCCGUAACUAAAUUUCACAAGAUGCUUUAUGGUCGUUCUUUCAGGCUCCAAACCGACCACCGUCCCUUAUUACGCAUCUUCGGCUCAAAGAAAGGCAUCCCAGUAUUCACAGCGAAUAGACUGCAACGCUUUGCGCUAACACUGCAGUUAUACGACUUUUCGAUAGAGUACGUCCCCACCGGAAACUUUGGAAAUGCUGACAUUCUCUCAAGGCUCAUAAGAAAUCACGCUAAACCGGAGACAGAAUACGUCAUCGCCAGCCUCCAGCUAGAAGAGGAUGUAAGGUCCGUAGUUCUCAACAUGAUUAAUACAUUCCCUCUCAAUUUCAGAGACAUAGAGGAAGGGACACGGACAGAUUCCCUACUAUGGAAGGUUCACAAAUACAUCCAAGAAGGCUGGCCGUCUGACUCGUCAUAUGGAAUGGAGUUAGCACGCUUCUAUAAUAGAAAGGAUGACCUGUCGACCGUAGGUGAUUGUGUUCUUUUUAGAGAGAGAGUAGUAAUACCCAGAAAACUACGCAUGCGGUGCUUGAAUCAACUUCAUAGAGGGCAUCCAGGGAUUCAACGCAUGAAGUCCGUCGCUCGCAGCUAUUUAUACUGGCCAUCUAUUGAUGAGGAUAUAGCCGACUGCGUUUCCAGCUGUACAGCAUGCAUGGCAGUCGCAAAAUCACCACCUUUACUAGAACCAAAGUUUUGGCCAAAGACCACCAAACCGUGGGAAAGAGUGCAUAUAGACUAUGCAGGACCAGUUGAUGGAGCUUAUUUCUUGAUCGUGGUUGACGCAUUCUCAAAGUGGCCUGAAGUGAUGAAAACAAUCACCACAACCACUACAGCUACCAUUUCGAUGCUGCGAAGCAUCUUUGCACGUUUUGGCAUGCCUGAAAAACUAGUCAGCGAUAACGGAGCCCAAUUUACAAGCGACGCGUUUAAAGAUUACUGCAAGCAAAGUGGCAUUGAGCAUAUUAAAACACCGCCGUUUCACCCACAGUCUAAUGGGCAAGCAGAGCGCUUUGUGGAUACUAUGAAACGAGCCCUGAAGAAAAAUCCAAUCAGAUGA